AUGGACAACGGCUCGAUUGAAUAUCCAACUGGAUUCGGUUUAAAGGACAUUGUUGCUUAUGGAAACACCGGUAUGGUCUGCCUCGACGCUGCGUCGCAAACUAUCAUUAAAACCCCGCAUGACGAGACAUAUGCCGACUCCCUUAAGGUGGAAAGGCGCAUCUACGAGCGAUUUGAAGAGCGUGGUGGCCAUAACGGACUCUUGCGAUAUUAUGGGCCUUUUGAUAGAUUCGGUAUACGACUCGAGUACGCACCUGGAUUUGACCUACGUUCAACCCUUUCUGAGCGCAUGGACAUUGGCUAUGCCCAAAGACUCCGUUGGGUCCAGCAAAUAACAGAUGCGCUCUCUUUUGUCCACUCAGUCAAAGUUAUUCAUGGAGACCUAACCUGUAGUAAUGUUUUCUUAACAAAAGGUCUAGAUGCUAAGCUGGGAGACUUUGGAGGAUCCUCACUCGACGGAUCCAAUCUACUAGUUGCGAUAACCGAAAGUCACCAGUACCCAGGAGUAUUGUUGUCAACACAUGCUGACAUUUUUGCUCUCGGCUCAGUGAUUUAUCACAUCAUGACAGGAACUGCUCCAUACCAUGGACGCUCAGACGAACAAAUUGUCCGUCUCUUCCAAAAAGGCGAGUUCCCCAGCACUACCUCACUUGGGCCGGUUGGGCAAGUCAUCACGAAGUGCUGGCAAGCAAAGUACGACAGUGCUGAGGACGUACGUGAUGAUAUUGAAGCAAUCAUCUCCGAUGGAAACCCCCAUUUGACAAACGUACCGCCUUCCUCAUCAUUCCCCAUCGUCAUCCUCGCCGUAGGAAUUGUUGCAAUUGUUCUUGUCAAGACGUCAGCGUGGUCUAGAUUGGGUUGGAACUAA